AUGUCGUACAACAACGAGCACAUGGCCAAGACGGCAACCCCAUCAAACAACUGUAGCAACAGCAACAACAACAUCACAGCUUGCUACGCAGAAGAUGCCCCACACCGCAACAUAUACAUCGCCUCGCGCAUAGUCGGCGCCUUCAUCGACCUCGCCCUAAUCGUAUUCGGCGUCCUCGCCUUUGUCAACCUACCAGACCACGGAAGAUGGCUCAGCUGCACGCUCACCCCGGCCAUCAACGCCCUUGUCGUCAACUCGAUGGACUUUGGCUAUCUGGUAGCUACCAAGAGCCGCCUCUCGCCCAUCUUUCGCAUGUGCUGGGACGGCGGGCUCGUCCUCGGGCUUGGAAUCGCGGCCGGCUUCAUGGCUUCCUACACGGACCGCGAGGCCAAGCUUUCGGCCGACGAGCAGGCGCGCAGCCCCAUCAGUGGCGUCGGGCUCGGUGCCGUCAUUGUGGUGCUCAUGAUGUUCGAGCUCUGCAGCCCAUCUUUGGCUGAACAGCAUUCGAUCUCCGCAAGUAGAGGCCAUCAAUGCAUCGAGUCUGUAGGUCGCAUCUAUGAGAUUACUGCUGCAAGCUGUUUCCAUCUCCCAAGACAAGAUAUAUCUUUGGAGCUCCAAAAUACCAACCCCGCCUGGUCGCUGGUGAUGACAUUCUUUUGGUCUUUGGUUGUCGUCGCGACACCAGCCCUUUUGGUUUUAGCAGUCGCCGUUUACAGACUUUUCUUCCACUCACUAGCACACAUUCCUGGGCCUCGUCUUGCCGCCUUGUCCAAUGUGUGGUAUGGUCGUCAGGUUUGCAGCGGGCGCAUGCUCCAGUUUUACCGCGAACUCGAUCCUGAUGAGAAUCAAACAUUGGCAGGUGCGGGAAGUGGGUUUGAAAAAUCAGAUUUUUAUUUAUCUACGGCUCUCCAAAAGCCAAAAGUGGACUGGAGGCUUCAACCGCACUUCCCAGACACACUGGACCUCUUGUCGGAAAGAGACAUGCGCCGAUAUCGUCUACAAAGACGUCUGAUCGGCCAGGUCUACCAACCCGCAAAUCUCCGCAAGUUUGAACCGGUUAUCGACGAUGUGCUCGACCAGGUUGUCGCUCAAAUUCGAACUUUGGGCGACGCCGAGGUUGAUCUCAAGGAAUGGAUGCACAUAAUCACCGUCGAAUGUCUAGGGGCUAUUGUCCUUUCAUGGUCUCCAGGGUACCUGCGGGCAAAGUCCGAUUUUGGUUCUGGCAGCUUUAGCUAUCUCGGCUGGAAGCGCAAAACAGUUCUUGGGCUCUUUCCACUUGCAACAGUUAUCGGAGUGUUAUCUAGGUCUUUUGAGAGACAGUUUGCGAACAUAUGGGGUCUUACAUUCAAGGCACCCAAGACCCUGAAACACUUUUUUCCAGCAGUACAUCGUAAAGUCAAGCCUCGUCUUGUAAACAUGUCUCGGGAAAAGCCCCGCAAAGACGCCCGCAGGGACCUGAUGGCGGACCUGGUGCAGCUGCACAAGGAAAGGCCCGAAUUCAACGGCACAUAUCUCCAUCGAAUGGCCAUUACGAAUUUCGGCGCAGGCCAUGAGACGACAACAUCAGCACUGACAUCUGUGCUUGCCAUGCUCGGCACCCACCUUGACAUUCAAGCUCGAAUGGCCGAUGAGCUGGUCAACUCCAGAGGCACAGAAAACGAAAUGGCCUCCAAGGAUAGCAGCCCACGAAUGCCGCUUACUCAAGCAGCUAUCAAAGAGGCCCAGCGCUUGUACCCUGUAAUCGGUAUGGCGCUCCCUCGUCGGGUCCCUGACGGCGGAGUGCGCAUUGGAGACGACUUUCUCCCAGCAGGCACAACUGUUGGGUGCAAUCCGGUAUCUCUCCACCGUAACAAAGACAUAUUUGGACCGGAUGCUGAUAUCUACAACCCGGAGCGCUGGCUUACUGACGAUAAAAGAGCCAAGACCAUGGAGCGAAACAACCUGACGUGGGGUGGUGGUGCUCGCACAUGUCCGGGCAAGAACCUGGCAGAGAUAAUAUUAUACAAGACGAUUGAGAGGCUGGUGCACGACUUUGAAGUUGUCUGCAAACUACCUCCCGAUGAGGAGAUAUGCUACUACUUUAUGGCCAUGCUGACAGGGGUCAAGCAUUUUGAUUGUCUCCGGGCCAAGGAAUGGACGACGGCUGGUUGA